GCCGGAAAAGAUACUGAGGGGUGGAUGGCCAUCAACACUGGAAGAAUUACUCGGUGCAAACACUGUUUUUUUUUUCUUUUCUUUUCUUUCUUUUUUUUUGCUUGAACAACACAAGCCCCUUCUAUUCUAGGGGGCAACUCUGUUAUCGAGUAUGAUUUUCCGUUUUUCUUCCUGAAUCACUAGCAAGCAGUAGGGAGUAGAAAGGGGGCUCUCGUCACUGGAGUAACGUGGAGUUGUGUAGCAGAUGUCAUAAAAAGGCUGAUUAUUUGAAUAAUUUUGAAUUUAAUACAAUUUAUUUCAUUUCACAGUUUUCAGUCGCAUAGAAAACAAAUCCUUUUUUUUUUGUUUUUGAAGAAAAACUGAUCCUUUUCAUCUCAUCAGAAGUAGGUGUUUCUCAACCUUCCAUUGAAUUUUGCACUCCGUUUUUGCCUUGGUUUACCCUUCUUUUUUUUUUUUCUUUUUUUUUUUUUGGUCCAGGCGAGUGCAACUUGUCAAUAUGUCUACGGCGGAUGCAUCUAGUCUUUGCGGUCUCGCCCUCGCAUCGACAAGUCAGCAGUUUGGUGCCGACACUGUCCUUCUGAAUGCAUCUCACAGUCACCUCAAACAGCAAUUCUCGGAGAUGCGGUUUAGUCAGAGAGCGUCGAUCAUGCGCGUGAAAGAGCAAUUGCAGGUGAAAACGGGCACAGCGGUGGAGUUCAUGCAGCUUCAGCUGAAGGAUCCGGACGGCCAGACACUCGUGGGCGCGUUAGAAGAUGACAGGCUUCUCGGAUUCUACUCGCCUGUGAACGGGUACUGGCUGCACGUGAUCGACCACAACCCGAAUUCGCUGCACGUGGGCGGCGGAUUCGAAGAUCUCUCGCAGGUGGAGAAGUAUGUGAUGUCUGAAGAGGACUACGAAAAGCGCAGCGAAUCGUAUCGCAAAUUCAAGAAGACGAUGAUGGCCAACGAUCCGACGUGGACAAUUGGCAAAUACAUGGCAGUGAAAAGCGGACAGGACGUGCCACAGCUGCCGGACGGACCAGUGAUCGACGAGAAUUAUGGCGCGGAUUUUGCAAAGGACGUUAGGGUAGGUGAUCGAUGCGAAGUGGAUUUGGGCGGGAAAAGAGGUGUGGUCUCAUUUGUAGGGAGAGUGGAGGGGCUUCCCCCUGGCUUUUGGGUGGGAGUCGUGUAUGACGAGCCUGUGGGAAAGCACGACGGGACUGUGAAGGGCAAACGGUACUUCGACUGCCCUCCCGGUCAUGGCGGCAUGGUUCGGCCAGAUCAUGUGAAAACUGGAGAUUUCCCAGAAAGGGACCCUUUUGAGGAGGAUGAAGAUGAGAUUUAGGGGUGCACUCACACUUGGACUUUUGUCACGACUGCAUGCGGCUGCAAUUGCGGUCAGAUACGUCU